ACAUGAAGAAUACAAUAUGGAUAACAAUGCUGAAGAUAAUGAUUCCUAUAUUUUUGAGCUCAUACGAAAUAUUGAGAAUGAAAUUGAAAGUAAAGUUAGAGAUAUUACUGAUGAUAAAAUCAAACAAAAAAAAAAAGUAUCUUUAAUUAGUUUACCAUCACCACCAUCAUUACAAAAAUUUCAGCAUACUAAACCAUAUCAUAUUUCUCAAGUAAAAGUAACUGACAAAUUACCUAUUGGCAAAGUUACUCUAUAUUCAAUUUUUCAUCUAUUCUUUUCUAAUUUACAAUUAAAUUUUAUUAUUAAAAAUACAAAUUAUUAUGCAAUAGCAAAAUCGGCUGGUAACGGACAUGAAUGGCAUUCUUUAACAAUUGAAGAAUUGUUAAUAUGA